UCCACACUCCAAACUUUCACCAAACUCCUGGCCCCCGCCUCCUCGAAACCAAAACACAACAAGCUCCGGAGGAGCGGCGAGCAGCGCGGCGGGGCGGGCGGACCCGCGGUGGCACCGGGCCUCGGGAGGCUGAUGCAACUUUCCCUUUAAGAAAGCCACCUGGGCGCACCGCGGCGCGGACCGGCACGCCUGGGCCGGGGGCUGCAGCAUGCUCUUGAGGUCUGUGGUCUGAAAGGUGCUAGAAGCAGAACCUGUGAGUGUAGCCUGGGCCCCCAGAGCCCCCAGCCACUGCCACCAUGGUCGGAAAAGGUGCCAAAGGGAUGCUGAAUGGUGCUGUGCCCAGCGAGGCCACCAAGAGGGACCAGAACCUCAAACGGGGCAACUGGGGCAACCAGAUCGAGUUUGUACUGACGAGCGUGGGCUAUGCCGUGGGCCUGGGCAAUGUCUGGCGCUUCCCAUACCUCUGCUAUCGCAACGGGGGAGGCGCCUUCAUGUUCCCCUACUUCGUCAUGCUGAUAUUCUGCGGGAUCCCUCUCUUCUUCAUGGAGCUGUCCUUCGGCCAGUUUGCAAGCCAGGGCUGCCUGGGGGUCUGGAGGAUCAGCCCCAUGUUCAAAGGCGUGGGCUAUGGCAUGAUGGUGGUGUCCACCUAUAUCGGCAUCUACUACAACGUGGUCAUCUGCAUCGCCUUCUACUACUUCUUCUCCUCCAUGACGCACGUGCUGCCCUGGGCCUACUGCAGUAACCCCUGGAAUACGCCCGACUGCGCCGGGGUGCUGGACGCCUCCAACUUCACCAACGGCUCCCGGCCCGCCGCCCUGCCCGGCAACCUCUCCCGCCUGCUCAACCACAGCCUGCAGAGGACCAGCCCCAGCGAGGAGUACUGGAGGCUCUACGUGCUGAAGCUGUCUGACGAUAUUGGAAACUUUGGGGAGGUCCGGCUGCCCCUGCUCGGCUGUCUCGGUGUCUCCUGGGUGGUCGUCUUCCUCUGCCUCAUCCGAGGAGUCAAGUCUUCAGGAAAAGUGGUGUACUUCACGGCCACCUUCCCCUACGUGGUUCUCACCAUCCUGUUUGUCCGCGGAGUGACCCUGGAAGGAGCCUUCACGGGCAUCAUGUACUACCUGACCCCACAGUGGGACAAGAUCCUGGAGGCCAAGGUGUGGGGUGACGCCGCCUCUCAGAUCUUCUACUCCCUGGGCUGCGCGUGGGGCGGGCUCAUCACCAUGGCUUCCUACAACAAGUUCCACAACAACUGCUACCGGGACAGCGUCAUCAUCAGCAUCACUAACUGUGCCACCAGCGUCUACGCCGGCUUUGUCAUUUUCUCCAUCCUCGGCUUCAUGGCCAACCACCUGGGCGUGGACGUGUCCCGCGUGGCCGACCACGGCCCCGGCCUGGCCUUUGUGGCUUACCCUGAGGCACUGACACUGCUGCCCAUCUCCCCGCUGUGGUCCCUGCUCUUCUUCUUCAUGCUCAUCUUGCUGGGGCUGGGCACUCAGUUCUGCCUCCUGGAGACGCUGGUCACGGCCAUCGUGGACGAGGUGGGGAAUGAGUGGAUCCUGCAGAAGAAGACCUACGUGACGUUGGGCGUGGCUGUCGCUGGCUUCCUGCUGGGCAUCCCCCUCACCAGCCAGGCAGGAAUCUACUGGCUGCUGCUGAUGGACAACUACGCGGCCAGCUUCUCCCUGGUGGUCAUCUCCUGCAUCAUGUGUGUGUCCAUCAUGUACAUCUACGGGCACCGCAACUACUUCCAGGACAUCCAGAUGAUGCUGGGAUUCCCACCGCCCCUCUUCUUCCAGAUCUGCUGGCGCUUUAUCUCUCCAGCCAUCAUCUUCUUCAUUCUCAUCUUCACGGUGAUCCAGUACCAGCCGAUCACCUACAACCACUACCAGUACCCAGGCUGGGCAGUGGUCAUCGGCUUCCUCAUGGCUCUGUCCUCGGUCAUCUGCAUCCCGCUCUAUGCCCUGUUCCAGCUCUGCCGCACGGAUGGGGACACCCUCGUCCAGCGUCUGAAAAAUGCCACAAAGCCAAGCAGAGACUGGGGCCCUGCCCUCCUGGAGCACCGGACUGGGCGCUAUGCCCCCACCAUCACCCCCUCUCCCGAAGACGGGUUCGAGGUCCAGCCGCUACACCCAGACAAGGCCCAGAUCCCCAUGGUGGGCAGCAACGGCUCCAGCCGCCUCCAGGACUCCCGGAUGUGAGCACAGAUUCCAGGGGAGUGGCCCCACCCCCGCCCCGCGCUCCCACCACAGAGACUGGGGAGGCUGUGGACAGGUGUCACUGCCUGCCCCCUGCCACGCCCUGGCCAGGACGGCUGCUGUCACCUUGGCCACCACUGAUAGUGCGGUCAUUCGUGCUCGUGUCCCCAGUGUUUACACGUCCUUUGGAUGCCAAGACGGCAGCUGGGGGAAGGGGGCGAUGGGAGAGUUGCCGGGCGGUAGAGGGCCAAAGCACUUUGGAGAGGGGUCUCAGGCCAGGUCCCCAGAGGCCUGGCAGGCUUCCCAUGGCCUCUGAAGCCCCCUCGCUCUGCUCUGAGCUGAGGUCUGGGUGGGCCCCCCACCUCACCCCUUCCUUGGGCCUCCGGCCUCGUGACCAGUGUUCCUGCCCUCCGAGCCAGCCCCAGCCUCUGCCCAGGCGAGUCUGGGCCUUCCCACAGGGGCGGGCGAGGGGCUGCAGGCUGCGCAGCGUUCCUCAUUGGGCUCCAUGGCUCAGCCCCAAGUAUCUGUGUAAUUAUUUUUGUAAACAUUGUAUGACCUGUGGUUGCCGCCCCUCGCCCCAAGCCGGGGCCAGUCUGUCUUCCAGGCCUGCUCGCACCUCACUCGGCUGCUCUGGGCUCUCGGCGCGCACUCCAGGCCUGGCUGUCAGGCCCAGCCAGCAGAGGCCAGGGUCCAGCAGCCUGCCCAAAGCACUUGUUCCUGGGGGCAGGGCUGGGAGCUACUCAGCAGGAGGUUGGCGCCCAGACCCCUGGGGAAGGGGACCUGCACAACACCCCUUGCCCUCCUCCCUCUCCCAGGCUGAAGGCCCAGCCCUCCCCGGCGAGCUGCCCUUGUUCACGUGCCAAAUGGCCCCAGCUCGUGUGCCCCCAUGCCUCUCCGGAGCCAGAGCCCCAGGCCCCAAAGUGUCCGUCUGUCCGUCCUCCAUGUCCUCCGUGCAGUGACAGCCCCGGCCAAGCCGCCUCUAAUCCUCCGUAGCAAUAACGGUGCCCCCACCCCGCCACCGUGCACCACUAGGAUUUUAAAGUCCAUAGGUUUUAAUGAAAUUUCUAUUCCUG